AUGUGUAGAUUUCUAAUUUUCAAAGGCAAACAACCGAUUCGGCUGUCCCAUCUUUUAACAAGACCAGCCCAUUCCAUAAUAAAUCAAUCAUUUGAUAGUAGAUUACGUUUAGACAGAAGGAGACCUAUGAAUGGGGACGGCUUCGGAGUGGCUUACUAUCCAUUAGAUAGCGAAUUGAGCGAAGAUGGUCCAUGUCUUUUCAAAGCUAUCACGCCGGCAUGGAACAAUCAAAAUCUGAGCACAUUGGCUGAAAAGACUAAAUCCGAUCUGGUUUUUGCACAUGUGCGAGCAUCCACAUAUGGUGUCUUGUCUGAAACGAACUGCCAUCCAUUUACGUACCACAGCUUAUGUUUUAUGCACAACGGCGGUAUAUCUAAUUUCAAAGGAAUCAAGAGAAAAUUGUUGAAUCAUAUAAAGGACGAGUACCUGAAUUUCAUCCAAGGAAGCACAGAUUCCGAGUGCGCAUUUGCACUAUUUUUGGAUACUUUAGAAAAGUUGGGUUAUGAUCCAAAAAAACAAGACGGCAACUUCGGUAAUGUUGCUCUGAGAAAAGCAAUGUUACAAACAAUUGACUAUAUCAGGGAUUGGACCAAAGAAGCAAACAAGAAUGAAGUUCACGUGGAACCAUCUCUAUUAAAUUUCGCUGUGACAGACGGAUCCACUGUUAUCGUUUCUAGAUACAUAACGUCAAAAACGGAUGAGGCGGCAUCCCUGCAUUUUAGUUGUGGUUCUAGCUUUGUGGAAACUUCGCCAGGGGAAUACAGAGUAGAGAGGUUGGAUAGAAAUCAAGAUGUAAUCAUGGUGGCAUCAGAGCCAUUGACUUUCGAAAGAGGGGAUUGGACGGCGGUGCCCACCAAUAGCAUUUUGACCAUCAAGAAACAGACAAUAUUACUGCAUCCUAUCAUCGACGAGUACUACCAAGAAGAUCCAUUGUACUUAAGAAGCUCUACACUUGCAGAAAGCAAGGGACUCAUGGGCUCUAUACCGCUAGCAAAGGCCGUGGAAAAGAACGUUCCUCCGCUAGAAAGAGAAGGCCGCACAAGACCCCCAACUGCUGUUGCGCACAUAGCAUAA